ACUACGUCCCUGUACGAAACCCAUUCACAGAAUGAACGAACCGCUGGUUGCUUGCGUUCUGUUCGUGUAGUCACUCAGUAGUGUCAUGGAGGUAACAUGGCCGAGGAGACGCGCCUAGUUCGCGUUGAGGAGAGGCUAAAAAUUAAAAUCGGUGAGGUAAAAAAUCUUUUAAGUCGAGGCCAUGGAUCCCCAGGAACACGAGAUGUCUAUUGUGCACUGUCACUUGAUCAGGAGGAAAUCUUUCGCACUAGUACGAUGGAACGAACUCUCAAUCCAUUCUUUGGUGAAGAGUUCCAGUUUGAGGUGCCGCGAAAGUUCCGCUACCUCGGUAUUUACGUUUAUGACCGUGACAGACACUUGAAACAAGAUAAGAUCCUGGGAAAAGUGGCGAUUAAACGUGAAGAUUUAGCAACGUACCAUAACAAAGAGCAUUGGUUUCCAUUGAGGCCAGUUGAUGCUGACUCAGAAGUACAGGGUAAAGCACAUCUGGAGCUUGCACUACAGCCCCAAGUUAAUCACGCACAGCCUAAAUUAACAGUACGAGUUAUUGAGUGUAGUGAAUUGACUAUUAAAAAUGGUGGUUGUGAUCCAUUUGCAAUUGUUACGGUGAUUUACAGUAAUGGUAAACAAAUAAGUAAACGUACAAAAGUUAAAAAAAAGACUGUGUCGCCGUACUUUAAUGAAAUAUUUAUAUUUGAACCGGAAUUGAUUGAACCAAAAGACAAAGAUGUUUCCCACUACUCUAUUGACGGUGGAGAAGUUGGUGAAGUUGUUGUAGGGCUUUGGCACGCUUCGCCAGGAAUGGGUGAGCAAUCAGCAUUUCUUGGUGAAGUUCGCGUUACUUUAAGAGGAUUGAAAAAACAACCCACUAGCACAACAACUGCUUGGUAUUUCCUGCAACCGCGGGCAGCCAAACACCGUCCAAGUAAAAUAACACAGAAUUCAACACCACCGGGAACGCUACCAGAUCUUGGGUCGUUACGUUUGAAGAUACAUUACACAGCAGACCAUGUAUUUCCGUCUGAAAUGUAUGAUAGAUUACGUAGUUUAUUGUUACAAAGUGUUAACAUUCAACCGAUAACGUCGUCAGCGGUUUAUAUACUUGGCGAAAUAGUUGCCAGUAAAAUGGAAGCUGCUCAACCUUUGGUUAGGGUCUUGGUACAUCAUGGGCAACUAGUAUCUGUUAUGAGAGCGUUAGCUAGUCAUGAAAUCUCAAAAUUAACGGAUCCCACGACAAUUUUCCGUGGCAAUACGCUGGUCAGUAAGAUGAUGGAUGAAGGUAUGCGAUUAGCUGGACUUCAUUAUCUUCAUAGUACCUUGAGGCCAGCUAUGGAGCAGGUUUUUCUCGAAAAAAAACCAUGUGAAAUAGAUCCUACGCGAGUUAAAGAUGCCAAUACAAUUCAAACUAAUUUGGCUAAUUUAAAGGAGUACGUAGAACGUGUAUUUACAGCAAUAACGACAUCAGGCGUAAGGUGUCCACCAUUAAUGUGUGAAAUGUUUUGGUGCUUGAGAGAACUUGCUGCUACUUAUUUCCCAAAGAAUAAAGAAGUGCGAUACUCGGUUAUCAGUGGAUUUAUAUUUCUCAGGUUUUUCGCUCCUGCGAUACUAGGCCCAAGAUUAUUUGACAUAACAACUGAACAAAUUGAUUCUCAAACAAAUAGAACAUUAACGCUUAUUUCAAAGACAAUCCAGAGCUUAGGAAAUUUGGUUAGUUGUCGAGGUGGUGCUGGAAGUGUCUGUAAAGAAGAGUACAUGGAAGGCGUGUAUAGAGAAUUUUAUACAGAAAAACAUAUACAAGCUGUAAAACAAUUUUUAGAAUUAAUUUCAACUAGUAGUAGUAGUGGCAUGACUCGGCAACGACCGACAAUUCUUCAAGAACAACCAGUAGUUUUAAAAGAAGGUAUAAAUUUUCUCUUUACGCAUUCUACAAAUUGUGGCAAGAGAGUAAUGAUCAAAAGAGCACAAGGUCGUAAACGUUUUGGACGUAAGAAUUUUAAACAAAGAUAUUUUAGACUGACUACGCAAGAUUUGACCUACUCAAAAACAAAAGGGAAGGAGCCAUUGUGUAGAAUAUUAUUGGAAGAAAUAUUGGCUGUGGAGAGAUUACAUGAAGACUCAUUUAAAAUGAAAAAUAUGUUUCAAAUAGUACAACCACAACGUGCAUUAUAUGUACAAGCUGGUAAUUGCGUUGAGGAAAAAGAAUGGAUUGACAUACUUACUAAAAUCUGUCAUACAAACAGUAACAGACUAGAGAGGUAUCAUCCGAGCGCUUACAUCAACGGCCACUGGCUGUGCUGUCGAGCAAUUUCUGAAGUAGCUCCAGGCUGCAGUGAAGUGUCUCCAGGCAUUGAAGCAGGUUUGAGAAUGGUCCUGGAUCCAGACCGCGAUCUUCAGAGGAUUCAUUCACUUAUCUUCACGAAUAUGCCGAGAUUAGAGACACUGAUGAGUGCAUGUGAAUGUCAAGCAGUCUAUGGUGCCAGUGAAAUGUGUGUUUUACCAGGCGGUGGUUCACCCAUUGAAGAUGUACCUUCGUGUUUUAAAACUCUCACUGCAUUAAGAGAGGCUGCAUUUGCAUUGCAACAUGAACAUCGUGCUUACUUUAGGAAAUUAGCUCGUGACACCAAAUAUGGGAGCAAACAAGCACCAAUUGGUGAUGACAACUACCUCCACUUAGCUGCAAGAGCCGGAUUUGAUAAUCAGCUUACGAAACGUUCUGCCUAUACAGACUCUGAUGGCCUCAAUCAACGAUGCAUAGAAGCGGGAUUCUAUGACGGUUUUACACGUCGUAUUGAGACGGAUCGUAGAUACGAUGAGUCAUUACGAAAGUGUUUGGAUUCAGAUUCAAUAAAUCGUAGGUACGAAAAUGAAAAUAAUACAUUAAAACUCUAUGAGAGUAAUACAGAACGAAAUGAUCUCAAUAAAUUUGACCGUAGUUUGAAUAAUACAUUAAAGUCAGAUAGAGUUGUUGAAAGAAAUGGUAAUGAAAAUUUAGAAAAUCAUAGGCGAAUGGAAAUGAAUAAUUUAUUAUGCAUUGAGGGUGUCAGUUUAUCGGGUUCAUUGUCUAGGAAAUUGAGUAAUUAUGAUAAUGUUAAAAAAUUAAAUAAUGACAGUUCAUUAUCGUGGAGAAUAAGAGAUGAUGCGUCUGAUAUAUCAUCUAGUUCUAUGAGUGGUCGUGGAAAUAAUUGAAAUUUUUUUUUAUUCAUUAUUUAAUUAUUAUUAAUUAAUAAUAUAACAAAAACCAGUGAAAAUAAUAUUCUUCUCUUCCAUGGAAUUAAUGUAUGUCGCACUUGAAUGCUAAUUGUUUAAAUUUAUACGUUAAAUCAUCAAUUAUUAAUAACUCAUCUGUUCAUUUUCAUCCCUUACAAUUAUUGUUAUUAUUACGUUAAUUAUUUUAUUAUUAAUAUUAUAAUUAUUAUUAAUACGCACAUUUGUAUAAUUGAUAUUAAUUACUUUAUUAAUUAAUUUAAGUGUUAGGAAAAACAAACAAAACAUAACGAAUGUUAUUUAUAAAAAAAUCUUUUACUAUUUAUUUAUUUUUAUUUAUUUUAAAAGUUGUCACGAUUUAUUAUUAUUAUUAUUAUUAUUAUUAUUAUUUUUAACUAUUAAUUAUUAUUACUUCUAAAAACGUGACAAGUGUAAGAAACUGUAAAUUCAAUAAUGCUGAUGAUUAUUAAAGUGUCAAUGGACUACAUAAAAAAAAAAAAAAAAAAAAAAAGAAACGUAAUCUCAAUUUAUCAAAGUUUAUCUUUUAUAUGAUCACGAUAAUAAUGGUGCUCAAUUAAACUAAUUAAUGAGUUUAACGCAACGUUAACUUUGAUAAAAAAAAUUAAAUAUCAUCAAUUUAUAUUUUUCUUUCAAUCAUUCAUUCAUUGAAGUUUUUUACUGGAGUUAAUGAGUCAUUAAAAAAAAAAAAUUCAUUUUUAAGUAAAUGAUUUCGUUUAUUUAACGAUAAGACCAAAUAAAUUUAAAAAAAUAAUAAUAAAUAGCAAAUAAAAUUCAUACAAUUUAUUUGCUACUACAUAAUCAAGCUCGAUCUCUUGAAUUGAUAAGUUGUUUUUAUUCAUUAAUUCUAAUUACAUUUAAAUUAAAUAAAAAGAUCUAAUUUUGAACUGAUUGUAGGUAUUAGGAUCUGAUAAUUUUUUUACGAUACGUCGCGCAAUUUUUUUUUUUUAUUACUGAGCACAAAGAUAAACAAUUUAUGAACAGCUGUUACAAAUUGUCUCUAAUGUAGUCUAAUUUAUUAUUAUUAUUUUUUUUCGACUAUAAAAGUAGAUAACAAAAAUUUUUAAAUGACAUAAAAUCUAGACUAAUUAUUUAUUUAUAUAUUUUCUUUGUAAUUAUGAUUAUAAUUGCAGAUAUUUUUUUUUUAAUUAAAAAAUUUGAAAAAUAUUUGCAUUUAUUAUUUUUAUAAAAUUUAAUUUAAAAAAAGUAUAACAAUAAAUCUUUAAUAAUGAAGAUUGAGAAUACGUUGAAGCAGUAGUUGACGUAAAGUGAAAUAAAAAAAGAGGCUUGAUAAUUGUAAUUAUAAAUUAAAAUGAAAAUUAUAAAUUUUGUGUCGUUAGAAAAAUAUUUUUUAAAAAAUCGGUGUAGAAUCCCUCCAUUGUAGUAAGCGUUAAUUAAUAAUUAGCCUUGAGAUAUUAAAUAAGUUAAUUGUGAAUUGUAAAACACCAAUUAAUAAUACCAAGAAAAAAAGUUGUCGUUAAUUUUCAAUAUAUUAUUAAUUAAUAUAAAUCUUAUUAUAACUUAUUGGAUAUUAAAAAAAAAAAAAAAGAAAAACUUAUAAGAUUGAUCCAAUAAAUGUACAGUGUACAGAAUUCAUCUAUGUCCAGAUAUAUAGAUUUAUUAUAUAGAUCUAAACAAAUUAUUUCGUUGUCUCUCUUUAUGAUUAUUUUAAUUAUUAUUAAUAUUGUAGAAUUAAAUUAAAAAAAAAUUAUAAGUAAUAAUUUUUAUUGUCCGUUAGUGUUUAAAUAUUAUUUAGUGUACAGAUUUAUAUAAUUAUAAGAUAAUUGAUAAAAAUUUACAAAAAAACUAAUAAUAUAAAUUAUUUAAAUUUAGUCUUGACAAAAAUCUUAAUGCACAUAUCUACAUUACGCUAUUGCGUUUAAAUAAAUUACUUGAUUUUAUUAAUUAUAUUGAAUUGAUUGUUUAUUAACAAUGAGGUCCAAUUUACUUUUUUUUCGAUACUUUAACUAUUUAUACAUCUGUAUUUAAAUUUAUGAACCCAAGAGAUUAAAUUAUUAAAAAUAAAAACAAACUUGAUUUACAAUUUUUGUAUUUAAGAAAAUUAAAAAAGAAACUUCCGUAAUAUAUUUAAUUUGUUUUUUUAAAUCAUUAAUUGAACAAGACUAACAAAAAAUAAAAUGCGACUAGACAUAUAUAAUAUACAUGUAUGAUAAUAAUUAAUAAUUAAAAAAUAAUUCUACUUAUCAACGGUAUUAUUUAUAUUAAAAUAUAUAUAUUAUGUAUUAAUAAUUUAGUAAUGAUUUUGUACAUCAUCUUUUUUGUUGUGUUCAUGAAAUUACUAUUGUUGUGUCUCUUAGUAAAUUCUUAGGAUAGAUUGUGCCUUGAAAAAUAAAACCCACAUUAAGGAAUCAAUCAAAUGACCGAAAAUUAAAAAAAAAAAUAAAAUAUGUAAAACGAAAAAAGUUAAUAAAUUUUGUUUUACACGUAGAUAAUCUCGAAUUAUUUAUUUUUUAAAAUAUUGUAAAAUAAUACUCGAUUAUUAUUAAACAUUAUUUCUUUUUGGAAUCAUAAUAUUGUACAUACCAUAAACGCAAUAAAAAACAAAUGUUUUCUCUA